UUCACCGGAAAUGACGAACCUUCUAUAGCUCGAGCGACCUAUCGACUCUCUUCCCCCUCCCCCGUAAAUGUUUAUUCUGCUCUGCUGUCGGUCUGGACCUGCUGAACAUAAUUUGUUUUGAAAAAAACAAAAGCAACAUACCUUGAAGUGAGAAUCAUGAGUGACGCAGAGCAGCAAACUGAUGAACAGGAAGUACUUAUGUCAAUUUAUGAUGGGGAUCCUUCAUUCAAGCAAGUAUCUCCUACCGUCUACCAGUAUAAAUAUGGUGAUGAUGGAGCUUCGAGGUCAUUUGUCCUAGAAAUAUCAUGGGGUCCUACUUAUCCAUCCGUCAAACCCGCCUUCAAUUUGGAAGCAUUUUACAAUAGAAAUUUACUCCCAUCUGUUAAAGAGACAAUCAUUAGUUACAUUGAUACAGAAGCUGAGCAGUACUUAGGAAUGCCUGUAACAUAUACAAUUUUUGAAUCAAUCAAAGAGAAACUAGAUGAGCUGUUGAAGGAACAGCCUGAAACACUUCAAUCUGUUACUGCCUCAAUGGAAAGAGUACAGCUUGGAGCAUCUUGUGCAACAGAGUCAGAUAAACCUAAAGAGAAAAAAGAACAUUUAACUAAGGCUCAAAAAAGGAGGCAGUGGGACAAAGCCGAUUCUAAAGGUCAAAAAGCCCGUGGAUGGGACUGGGUGGAUGUUGUUAAGCAUCUAUGUCAGACAGGAAGCAAAGCAGAAACUGGAUGAUCUUUUACAAGGUAUUUAGGUAAAAUCCUCUAACUGUGAUUUGGCAUUCCCUGCCGGACAGGAAAUUUUUAAAAGUUGAAAUGUGUUCAUUAAUGGCGCAGUCCAUAUUUUCUGUAUUUUUGUUAUGGUAAAGUUGUGAAAUUUCCCUGCUUAUCUUGAUACAAUAUAGGUCUUUUGAUAUAA